UGCCACUGAUCAGAUGUGUAUGGAUGGAUGUGAUGAGGAUGUUACAUCACUUGCAGUGCAGCCAGACGCCAGCAGCAGCAUCCAGCUCGGAGGUAACGCGGCGCACAAACCCAGCUGGCCAUAUUGUGCACCAGCUCUCCGCAAAUCGGCUGCGUCACACCUAAAAAAACAUAUCGCAGCGCUGGAGCAAUAAAAUCAGCACAUCAGGAGACAGGACGCCGUUUGAAAAAACGUUACUCGGGUGCACUGGUUUGUGUAUUUUUCGUGCAGGGAAAAUGGUUAAACUGGGGAAUAAUUUCAGCGAGAAAAAUAACGGGAAGGUGGUUUCUGAAGACGGAUUUGACACCAUCCCCCUCAUAACACCAUUAGAUGCCAGUCAGCUGCAGUUUCCGCCACCAGAUAAGGUGGUGGUGAAGACAAAGGCAGACUAUGAUGGUGAGAGCAAGAAGGGGAAGCUAAGAUCUCCCAAAAUCGCAGAGUUCUCCAUAAGCAUCAUCGAAGGCGUAUCUGAGCGACUCAAAGUGACCUUGUUGGUGAUCUGUGCACUGGCUUUCCUGGUGUGCGUGGUGUUCCUGGUCGUCUACAAGGUGUACCAGUACGAGCAGCCCUGCCCCGACAGCUUUAUUUACACGCAAGGUCGCUGCAUGCCAGCUGGGAUGUAUGGCAACUACCCCCCUCAGGGCCCUGGGGGCCGCGGGCGCCUCUUUACCCUCAUCAACCACUACAACAUAGCCAAGCAGACCAUCACCCGGUCAGUAUCACCAUGGAUGACCAUCAUGUCUGAGGAGAAGGUCACCCAGCAGGAGACUGAGACUGCUCAGAAACUGGCUUAACCAACCUGGGAUCAGGAGGUGGCCUCACCAGGAAAAAAAUAAAUAAUAUGAUUGUGCCAUUCAAGCAAACCUCAGAGUCCCAUGGCUUUGUGUGGGUGAAAAACCAACUUCUCUUGCCCGAGGUGCUCUGCUGCUUUGUUGAUGUAGUUUCAUUGGCUGGUGUAUACUGUUAAGAAAAUCACUGGAAAUUUUAAACAUGUUUACAGCAGAGUGGGCUGCACAGUCAGGUGGAUUUAUGGUUUGUUUGAAUAGCAUGUGUUAUUAUUUAUUUACACUUUAAAACCAGAGUGGCAAACGUGUAAAGAAAAAAAAAAAAGAAAAGGAAAAAAAAAACGCCACAGGAAUACAAACACAGACACACACACACACUGUCUUUGUACAUACACAUAUGUAACAGAACUCACUUUAGUACUCACAUUGUGAAAUGACUGUGAACCAUCUUGUGUCUGCGUCGCUUGUUUUAACGCACAUGCAACGCACAACUCUAAAAACAAUCAGUUUGCUUUGAACCUGUUUCUUUUCAAUAUACAUCAAAUACUGAUAGCGCAUGUCAGACCUUGUGAAGGUCCAGCAAGUGGUAAAUUUCUCAUGAAGUGACAAUAUUUGCAACUGAGGUCAUCUGUGUCAAAAUAUUUUACUGUCAUGAUAUUGUAGAUAAAUGAGGCUUGUCCUGGAGGAAACCUAACCAGCGGAAAAAAACAAAACUAUUUUAAUCGUGUUGUUUUGAUGCAGCCCAUAACUGCUCUCUGCAUCUUGUGCUGUUAAGGAGUUUUUAGGAUUUGAUGCAUCAAAUCUUUUUAACCAGCAUUAAUGAUUGUCUCCAUUCAUUUGAACUCUUUGUGAACACCAUGUGCUUUUCUUUGCCGGCUAUACAAGACUUACUAAACCGUUACUUUUCAAAUUUUAUGCCACUGUAUUGAAUGUUUUUUUUGCAUUGCUAGUGAAGACCCUGUAUUGUGCAAUGCUUCGCAUUGAUUAAUGUCACCAUAGAUGGCUGUUGGUAGCCAUUGCAGAUACUAGACUUAGGUUGAUGUAGUGGAACAAUCUGACUGAGUAAUCGCUCGCCCUGUUGCUUUUUUCUGUAUUUGUCAUUUAACUUAAACUGUCACAAAUGAUGUACCUUUUUCAAACAAUGUAAUGAUUACCAUUGAAGUGCAUUUGCUACAUAAAAAUGUUAAAUGAAAAACUGAAAUAAAGUGCCCACAUUUCA